GAUUUUUCCACAAAAGACAUGUGAGGAAAUCUGCUGGGGCUAUCACUGUGGGAUGUACAUAUACAUGCCACAAAUGUCAGGAUGGGAAGUGUAUCAAGAAUGACAUGAAGACGGGCAAAUCAGGACUGCAAAAGAGUAAGAAAGCCUCCAAAAUCAGCAAGAAGUCGGGCAAAGUGAAACAACCAGCUGAAAUGCAGAAUAGGAGAAAAGAGACUGUGGUUGUACCACUGCGACGUUCUGCUAGGAACCUUAAAUGCGUGUCACUGCCAACCAAAAAGAUUGGAAGACGCAAGAAAAGUAGAAAACCCAAAUCCAAAAAGGGGAUGUCAAGAAAACCAACGAAAGGUUUGUGGCAGAAGAAGAGAACAGAGGCCUAUCAUACGUACUGGUUGAAUGGUCUCUUAUUGUCUAGAAAGCCUUAUGAUGAGCGGGUGAUGCAUUUUAGGGUUAAAAAACUCAUCAUCCCUUCGGAACAAUUGGAUAGUAUUCAUGAUCAACCUAAAUGCAGUGUUUGUUGUGAACCAGAAUUCACAUCUACAUUGAAUUAUAUCAGUUGUGAUAUCUGUGGAGACUGGUUUCAUGGAGAUGCUUUCGGGCUUGGAGCUGAAAAUAUUAGUAACCUUAUUGGAUUUAAGUGCCACAAGUGCCGCAAUAGGAAUUCUCCUAUUUGUCCUCAUUUGCAUGUUAGGAGAAGUGAUGAGGUACAAUUGGGUGGGUUGGAAAAUGAAUCAGGGACUGAAUUUUAUGAAAAAGUAUCUAAUGUUGCCACACUUGCAAAUGAUUUGAUCUUUAGACAGAAGGAAUCAAAAGAUUUGUUUUUGACUGAUGCGUCUAGUCACAGGGAGCAGCAAUCUGAGGCUAUUACUGACCAGGCACUUGAAUUGGAUGUGGCAAACGGGCAGGUACCUCUGAAGUUAGCAGCAGUUCCUAAUUCAAAUGAGAAGGAUUGGAGACCACAUGACACAUUGAUGGAGUCCAAGGAGAAUACUUUGUUGGAUGAUAAUACAUCAAACUGGGUUGCAGAAACGUUGUAAAUGGGAUGACUAUCACAAAAACAAUAUCACCAUUGUCCAAGUCUAAUACAUACAGAAUAGGCAUCUUUAGGGGAUACCCAAGUGGAGAAUGGUUUGGUGAAAACAGCAGCCAUCCUGGGAUCAGCAGUGCAUAAAACUUGAGUUGACUCAUCAGAGUUGCCAUGACUAGCAAUUCUUGCUUCAGGUGAAUUACUGGAACGGAGAGGAAAGAGGUGGAUUAGAAUUGCAGCCUUUACUGACUGAUGUAAUGAGGGUGCCAAUAACAUAGUCUAGUGACAUUUGUGAAUUAUUUAUUGUCAUAGAGAUGCUCACUGAAUUUAAAGAGCUAUACUAGGACGAUUCACUUAAAUUGGAAAGAUAAAGGUUUGAUUUCAG